AUGAACACCGAUAGCAGAGGAGCUAAGUCUGGUGCGGUGGCACGCAAGAAGCGCGUCAAGAUUGCGGUGGCGUGCAUUCCUUGCCGCAGUAGGAAGGAUGCGGUCCAUGUUCGCGACGCACACGUUAUCGCUAUGGAGUGGGUGGGGACGAAUGCUCCUAUCCGCCUGCAGACCGGGCCCAGCGGUACAUUGACUAUCGCCGACCCAUUUUUUGUGGACAGUGGCCCUACCGUCGAUCAGGCCCAUGCUCUGGAUCCCAUUGUUCAGUCCACCUUGCUUACGCAGGAGGAGACUACGCCCACAGCGAGCGGUUCAACGCCCACUAGUCCACACAGCUCGUGUGAACUGAUGCAACAGCUGCGAGAGAUUCUGGAGCCUGACGCUGAGUCUCUGCCCCAGAGAAUCUAUCCGCAAUCGAACACGAUUGACUGCAGCGAUUACGGCCGUGUCUUACCCAUGCGCAGCGUGGCUGAUCGCCUUGUACGUGCUUAUUGGGACGGAAUACACCCUUACUAUCCUUUCCUGCACCGUAGCACUUUCGAGAGCCAGUAUCAGACGUUGUGGAUGUCUUCGAACGACUCGAACUCACCGCCUCCCACAUUCUACAGCCUACUGAAUGUCGUAUUCGCUGUUGCAGCUCAUCUCGAGCUGCCGCUACGCUGCAAUGACAAAGGCUCCGCCAGCUACUUCGAGCGUGCGAGAGCUAACUUCCACUUCGAUCCAUGCGAGCCAUCGUCCUUACUGGAGAUUCAGAUUCUCCUUCUCAUGGGGUUGUAUCAGAUUGCCAGCGGAGAAUUCUCCAGGGCGAAGCGGGUGCUUGAUAUCGCCAUAUGCAGCGUACGGAGCGUGAGAACUUCAUUUGAGACAAGAGAUGGCUGGGGAUCGAAAGCCCAGGAGCAACAGAUCUUUCGCUGCGUUUGGCAUGGUAGUCACCUUUUGAGCCGGGUGGUGUCAUCUGCUCUGGGGCAAUUUCCACAAGUCCUAGCUCUUGCGUCAACCGUCACUGAAGUACCGUUUCCAACGUUUGGGUGCGAUGAAGAAGCCCUUGGUCUGAGGCAGGAGCCCCACCAGGUUUCCGACCAGCAGUACCAUCCAUCGCAGUUCUAUUCCCAUACGCUUAGGCUAAACAAACUGCUAGGCGAGAUAUAUGCCAUGUGGAAUGAAACUGGCUCAUCAGUUCACUUGCAGAGAUCAGAUCAGCACAGUAACAGAGACCUGUCAAAAGUGCUAGCUUUCGACAAAAGGCUUGUGGAGUAUUGGAAGUCUCUCCCAAGAGCUUUACACCACGGACACGAAGAUGUGGAAUGGGCGAGAACGGUCGACCGCAACCAGUCCUGCAUCUUGCGAACAAGAUAUCUCUUCUGCCGAAUCGCGCUACUUCGUCCACUGCUGCCGGAAUUAGAGCAGCAACUUGAUAAUGUAGACGAAUCCGACAGCGCUGUCGAGGAAGUGCUGCUUCAAAGACUCAUCUUGCGUUGCGUUAGCAGCGCAAAAGAGCUUCUAGACCUUAUGGACCGACUUCAAGGAGUACAGCAGAGCAGCUCAUUUGGCGUACCUUUACUGGAUUACUGCAAUGUCUGCUUCGUUUACACGGCCGCGACUGUGAUCAGCGAAGCUAGGAAAGCCCUACUGUCUCAGCGCUCGUUGGCCAAAGAGCACUUGACAACUCGUGGAACCAGGGACUGCACAGCCCUUCAGGGAUUGUGGCAAAGUCGAGCAGCUCAGGAUAACUCCUCAUUUGAGGCGACACCCAAUGCAGAGCAAACGCAAGAUGACUUCGCCAUGAUCACCACGCGGAACGACGGGGGCAUCUCACAGGAUGCUCUUGGCGACCUGGACGACUUCAUGUUCGUGGGUCCAGAGCUUGCGUUCGGCGACUCGCUCGAAUGGUUUCAAGGGGCGAUGACGUAG